AUGCAGCUCCCGUCUGUGCUGGUGUUGGUGUUGGUGGUAUGUAGAUCUGCUGCAGAAAAUAUUGAAGACAUGAAAAGGCUGUACAGCGACCUCUUUCGGAACUACAGCACUAAACACAGACCCGUGAACAACCAGAGUCACCAUGUUGACGUUCACAAUACAUUCAACCUGGUUGCCAUAACUGAAGUUAAUCAGGUCCGACAGACCCUCCACAGCAACGUCUGGAUGAAUCUGACAUGGAUGGACGAGUUCCUUAUCUGGAAACCUGAGAAUUAUAACGGCAUUAAGUCUAUUCAUCCUCCACUGACUGACAUUUGGAGACCCAAACUCAUGGUUCCAGUGUCUCUGGAGGAUCGGGACGUCUUUAAAGACGACACAUCCGGUAUCACAGUUUACAGCGAUGGCACAGUCACUUGGACACCUGGGGCAAACUUUCUUACUGACUGUAAGUUAGACCUGACCUUAUUCCCAUUUGAUGUUCAGACAUGCGAGUUCCGAUUUAUCCCCAUCAGCUAUUAUUCAAGUGAGGUAAAGAUGGUCUCAGCUUUGAAGAGUGCAAACAGCCAAUUCUUCACAACUAACGGAGAAUGGAUUCUUCCAAGUUCCAAAGCUUUCACUCGCGAAAGGCGCAUCGGAGAAGAUUUAAGCUUAUCUUUCCUUUACAUUCAGAUUGAUCUGGAGAGGCGUCCGGCGUUCUUUGUCCUCAAUGUCAUUCUACCUGUAGUGGUGCUUUCCUUUCUCAACAUAUUUGUGUUCGCACUGCCGUGUGACUGUGGCGAGAAGGUUUCGUAUGGCAUCACAUGCCUUCUCUCUCUAGCUGUAUUCAUGAGCAUCGUGAGUGGACUACUUCCAAACUCGUCCGACAAUAUCCCGCUGGUCACCCUGUAUCUUACAUGUCUGUUCGGCAUCAGCGUUCUGUCGGUUGCCACCACCAUCUUAAUCGUCAUGAUAGAUACCAGGAAGAUUAACAACAAGAAUACACCCUCACCACUGUUUGUGAUACCACGUUGUUGGUCGUUAUCACUUCAUGGACGUAAACGCAAGGUUAUGGACGAGACUCAGCAGGAAUCUAAAAACCAUGGUUUGGCAGGCGAUGGGAACCUCAGGGGUCGAGUGAAGGAAGGCUGGGGAAGUUCUGACUCUGGUGGAUAUUUGAUAUCAACUGACUGUCUGUGUAUGGUUAUAUUCAUGGCUGUUUGGCUGUGUGCGACUGGGGUAUUCCUCAUCAAACUAACAUGA